AUGUUUAUAAAAUACACAGGGGGAAAACAGCUUUUAGAAAAAAAGCAAUUUAUGGACAGUGAAAAUUGUGUAAUUAAUAAAAAUGAAGAGGAACAAGCGACGCAAGAAAGUAUCAAAUCGGUGGAACCGAUAGUUGAAACAAAUGGACAUGACGAGAUAAUCAAGAAAUUGAAAGAUGCAGAGGAGAAAGCAGCAAAACUUGAACAAACAGUAAAUUCCAAAACAGAUUUCAUCAAAUUGUUGGAACAUCAAAAAAUCAAUUCUGAAAAAGAACUAGUUCAGCUGAAAAAAGAACGUGAAAAUGCUGUUAUUCGGUACGUGACAGUUGAGAAAAGUUUACUGGAUGCUAAAAAUUUAGGUCAAAAUUUCGAGAAGAAGGUGAAAGAUCUACAACGGGAAAUUGAGCUUCUCAAUGGGAAAAUCAAGCAGGGAGCAAGCGAUAAAACGAGAAUAUGUGGAAUCUUGGAUGAUAAAUGCCAUGAGCUGCGGCUUAGUCAGAGGGAAAUAGAGAAACUGAAAUAUGAGCAUACGGGAUUAGAUACAAAAUUAAAAUGGCAUGCACAGAAGGCACUGCAAGAGACAGAAGCUCGUAUGAAGGCAGAGAAGUGGAUAGAUGAGCUUACAGCUGAAAUAAAUAAAUUGAAACUUAGUGAAAUUAAUCGAGCCAAAGAUGAAUUGGAAAUUGAGAGAAAUAUGCUGGCAGAGAAACAGCUAGUUGAAGUCAAUGCCAAUAUGAUUCUAAUCAAACAUGACAAUGAAGAGAAAACGAGAAAAAUUGAAGGACUUGAGCGGAAGUGCCAUCAUCUUGAGGCUGAAUUAGAUAGUUUAAGUUCAAAAUAUUCAAAUUUAAAUAAAGAGCACGAUGAAACAAUUAAGGACGUUGCAUCACUCAGACAACAAAACGAUGACUGUCAAUGCCUUCUAGAUAAGCAGACACUCAAGAUUGCUGAACUGCAGUCAAAUCAAAAUGAUCUGGAAAUUAUUAAGACUCAAUUUUCCUUAGAAAAGGAAUCAAAUCGACAAUUUAAGAACGAAAUUAGCCUGUUGACAGCACAGAUUGACGAACAAAAUGAAGAAACUGAAAAAUGGAAGGCAAAUGAAAUGGAACUGCUUCAAUUGAAUAAGGAACUGACAGAAACUGUUGUAAAAUUAAAGAAUGAAUGCUCAACUAGUAAUUCAAAGGCAUUAACAAUGAGUGUUGAGAAUGAGAUGAUUAAAAAGGAUAAAAGUUAUUAUGAGAACAUCAUCAGUGACUUAAAGAAUCAAUUAGACGAGGACAUUAAGAAGCGUAACUCUGACUGUCAAUUAAUGGCAAAACAUAUAUCUGAAAAGACAAAAACUAUAGAAAAUCUACAGAGAAAGGUUGAGGAACUAAGUGGCGAAUUGGAAGCUCAGGGAAAGAAAAAUUCACACACAGUAAAGGAACUGACAAGAGAAAUAUCUCAAUUGACUAAAAAAUUGGACUCAAACUCAAAUAGAAGUGAGAAGAAAAGCCCAACACCGUCGACAGCAAGUGAGUCAUCGACCGAGUCACAACAUAAUGAAUAUCCAACAUUGUCAUUUGAACCAUCACAAAAGUCACUUAUAGACCGAAUUGUAAGGCUUCAAAAUGAAAUUGUUCGAAAAAGUGAGAAAAUUGAUUUUCUUGAAAAUCAUCAGGCACAACUAGUCGAAGAAUUAAAGAAAAAGUCAAAACUUCUUCAUCAUUAUUUAUUGCGCGAACAAGCAGGUCAGUUACUUAAAUCCAGAAAAGUUCCUGACACGACAAACAUGACUUUUGAGCUAGCCAUAGAAGUAAAUAGAAAGCUUCAAAAUACACUCGAGGAUACGAUACUUAAAAAUAUAACACUUAAAGAGAAUUUAGAUCAACUGUCGCAGGAAGUGGAUCGCAUGAAGAGAAUUGCUGCUGCAACAUCCAAUAAGAAGUAA